AUGGAUCAUCUUUCUUCUCAUAUCUUUGAGCUCAGGGCAAAGGAUGAAGAAAAGACCAAACAAAUCAAUAAUCUACAAACGAGUCUUGGAUCGGUUCUAGCUAAUCAUUUAAAUCACAAGAACAUUUUGUAUGAUGCUUUUGGUGAAAAGGUCAAAGCCAUCUUUCAACAGCCUCAUGGAGUAGUUGAUCCUCCUUCUGUUCAAUCACAUCCUGAAACUGAUGAUCUACCUGUUCACCCACCUGUUCCAAGAACAACUACCAUUGUCGACAGAUUUGAAAAAGAACCUGAAGGAAGCAAAGCCAUAAUCACAAUCAAGCAGGGCAAAAGAAUCCUAACUGCAAAACAAUGCGAUGGCCUUUUAUUCAUGAAAAAUUCUAAUGAAAAUCGCAAAACAAGAGACCCUGUCUUGACAGUAACAGAGUUGAAGAAAAGAAAGUUCGGUGAUGAGUAUGGAGCAUCUGAAUGUUACAAAAGCACCCAUGAUUUCAACUCUUGGACCAAAACUGAAAUAGCUGAAUUAUCCAGGGCCCCAUUCCAUAACCCCUCUGAAGAUCCUAAUGCUUCAAAUUUCAAAAGAUUUCUCGACAGACAGGUCAAAGAGAACUUUCCAUCAAUAAAGACUGCAAAAGCCCUAUAUAAAAAGGACAUAUAUGUUCUUGAUCCAGAAACAAGCGAACCCAUGAAGAUUAUACUCUGGCCUGCAACUAAGAAACAAAAGGAAAUUCCUAUUCCUCAACAUUUUCAUGAGGGAUAUCUAAAUGACAUGGAAUUUUGGGCAUACGAUGACGAAACAGCUACUGCAGCCAUCAAAUUCAAGAAUCGAGAACAUGUUUUGAGAUUGAUUAAUGCUAAAGUUCUUCUCCACUUCAGAGAAAGGGAUAUACGAACUUUGGCCUAUCAUCAAAUCAUUUGCAGAAAGGAUGUCAUGGAAGCUGCUACUAAAGAAUUCACUGCUAUGGUGGCCACGAUCAUAAAUGGAAGAUUGUGGAUGGGAUCAAUGGGGAGAUCAGAUAUGAGGUUGUUUGAGAAGCUUGCUGAGGAGCCAAAGGAGUGA